AUGCCUCAGCGUCGGAGGGUCGUCCUUGCCUCGAAGAACGACCUGAAGGUGAAGGAGUUCUCCCGCUCCUUGGCCAACUAUGACAUCGAGUGCGUGCGGGACCCUGAGGCCGCCCUGUCCGAUGAGAAAAUCUGGGAGACGCUGCAUGUCCGCGGCGAGGACUUCUGGCACAAGGCCGUCUUCCGGGAGGAGAUGUGUGUCUUCCGGGCGCCGCGCGCCGGGCUGGAGGGCUUUCUGGCUGGCGUCCGGGACUAUGAGCCCGAGGCAGAACAGCUGGGCGCAGAUGGCAGAAGCCUGCCAGACGGCGAGGCCAUAAUCCUCUUCUCGCGCCUCGACAUCUUCGAGCUGCCAAAGGACGAGGCAAGCCGCAUGCGGGAGAACAAGUUCCACCAGCAGGCGAACGCCUUGCACACGACACCCGGGGCUACAGGCUCCAGCUACAGCCACCCACAGCCACCAGCGGCGCCAUCCUGCCCGCCAGAGCUCGUCAGGACGACCUACACCAACGCCGUGGAGGCGUACGUAGACUCUGCACGGCGCGCUGCCGGGCAGGACGAGGUCUUCGGCUGGGACGACGUUGUGGUGCUCACGAGCACUGGCAAGACGUACCAGGAGAUGCUGAGGCUGGGCCUCAAGUUUUCCCCCCGCGACUUCAACGUCAACCGCUGGCUCAUCGAGCACGUGCACUAUCGCCAGCGCAAGGCCACGAACUUCAUCAACGAGGAGUCCAAGAAGUUCAGCCAAACAAUUUCCUUCGCUGGGCCCGACUCUGCUGGCGCCUUUGUGGCUAAGAACGAGUUCUUCAACAACGCGGUCGCGAAAUCUUCCGGCCUCAGCGACGUCUUUGUCGCGGUGGCGAACAACGGCGCUUUCUUUCGCUCUGCGCAGUCGCGGCGCGAGGUCAACUACUGGCUUCCCGGCCUCAACGCUGGCAUUCCCUUUGUGUCGAAGAAGGACCCCAUCCACGAAAUCACCUUCACUGCGCAUGACUUCGGGCACUUCCUGAUCCCCGACCUUGUGUUCACAGGAAACACGUCUACGAACGCUCGCCGUACCUACAUCAUCUACCGCAUGAUGUCCGAGGCCACCACCAUGGUCUUUGCGGACAUGCUCUUCGUAGAGACUUUGCGCCUCGCGGGCUACUCCUACGACUGGGCCAAGCGAAAGAUCCAUCCACUCUUCGAGGCCACGGGGCUGAAGCCCUUCGGCGGCAGUCGGCCGGGCUUCUUCGCGGAGGUGAGGAAGCUGCUGGAGGCUAACGUGGAGUACUGCCUGCUCGGCUCAACAGCCAAGUACCAGGCGCUGAUCGAGGCUGCGCGCGGGCAGCCCCUGGGGGGCUCCUGCGAAGUGCUGGAGGAGUUCAAAGCCAAGUACAUGCCAUUCUUCGUGGAGGACUAUCGGUGGACUUCGGCCAACUACCACAACAUGGCCAAGCGUGCGGAGGAGUAUCGCCGGUGGUGGGCCCUGGCAGCACCGGUUGUCGCCGCUGGAGGCCUCGACACCAUGAAGGAGGGGGUCGGCCUCGAGACUGUGGACCAGCAUAUGGCCGCCAUCGGCGUGUGCGACGCGACCGAAGUGCCCCCCAAGGAGCUCAUCCAGAGGAUCUUCGACCGCGUCUUUGACACCCGGAUCAAGCCCAUCUUCGAGGUCCAGGAGCAGUACCAGAUGGCGCCGGAGCACAUCCGGCUGAAGAAUGCCUUCAUCCGCUACCUCGUCGGGCAGAUGAUCAUCUUCGCCCGCUACGACUUUCUGGAGGAGAGCCACCGGUACGCGGCGAAGCUGACGCAGUUUGUGCGACAGAAUGCCGAGUCGUUCACUGAGGAGAAGGUCGAAGCGGCGAGGGGGCUGUAUGCCCAAUUCCUCCGCAUCCUGAUGCAGAAGUCGCUGAUCACGCCGGAUGACUACGAGGUCUACCAGCAGAUUUGCCCUCUCUUCGAUCCCGUCUACGUGUUCUACGACGAGAAGAAGGACUUCUAUGCCCAACUGGCAGAGGUUCAAAAGGAGAUCCUGGGGGGCUGCUGA